UGCCUCGCUCUAUCAGCUGAGAGGAAACCAACAGAAAGAAAACACACAGAAACAGAGGGAGAGAGAGAGAGAGAGAGAGAGACCAAGGGUAGGAUAGCAAGAAAGGGUUGAAAGGAGAGGCUUAAGAGUAGAUAGAGGAAGAGAGGAGAGGGUGAGGAAGAGGAGGAAUGGGAGAGGAAAGGGGCAACGCCAGCAUGUGAAGUGGCUUUUGUAGUCCAGAUAUUUUGGAGGGGUGCGAAUGAGAGAAAGGAAGAAAGAGGGCAGCAAGGGAGCUUGAGAGAGAGAGUGAGAGAGAGAGAGAGAGAGACGAGCAGAGGGAGGGGAAAAAAGCUAGAUGGGUGGGGGGUUGAGAGUUGUUGAUGGGUUUUCAAUUUUGUGUAUGUGUGAGGGUGGAGAGAGGUAGACAGGAAGAAAACAAGACCGAGACAGAGAGAGGGAGUUAGUGCAGGCUAGCAGGCCUCUUGACAAAACAUGCAGAGGGAGGCAGAACAACUUGACUUUACUCUGUCUUUCUCAACACCACCUAUUCAGGAGGAAGGAAGUAACAGAGAGGCAAGAAACCAGAGAGCCGAGAGAGAGGCAGAAGGCAGCCUGACCCGGUGGAAAUAGAAACACAGAGGACAGAAAGACAAGGAAGCAGAGUCUCCCAUCCAGCCACCGGACGAAAUAGAGGAAGGAAGGAGAGAGGCAGAGAGUGAGACAGCGAAGCUAAAGCCCAUCUUUCUAAGAGGGGUUUCUGGGUGGAAUGACCCUGUCAUGAUGUCACAGCCGUGCCACACCCAACGCCCAGGUGAUCAAGGAGGGCGUGUCUGGCUAUCAGCCAAUCAUAGAGGGAGCCCCAAUAAAGCCACUUCAGAUUCCUGUUCAGAUACAUUUCCUCUCAACAAACUCCUGCACCACUGACACUCUGCCCCUCUGGUUGUAGCUCUUGUGCCAACUUACUUCACUCCUGCUUCCUCUGGAGUCCUUACUGUUUCCUGAUUACCCUUUCCUGGGAUGUUGGCGUCGUUUCGUGGCAGCUGCCAUGGAGUUAGACGGGUUUCUUUAGUAGGACAUUCGAGACACAACCUCCAGAUGUUGUGCCAGAUGCAGGUUGUCCACACGGGCAGAAUUAGACAAGGACAGGCACAGAGGUGCUGUGCGGCUCAGCUUCCUGAUUCACACUAUUUGACAACAUCACAGCAGGAACUAUAGGACUUCCUAUUCCUGCGGAUCAUCUUGCUCUGCCUCCUGACACUUGUGAGGACGCACUUGAUCCUGUUGCACAAAACUUAGUCUAGACUCUUAUCGUCCAGCAUAGAAACCAUGCGGCACAUUCACGUGGAGUUAGCCCACAAAAAGGCUCCAUUAGAGCUUCCAGCCCAGGAGGGGGACCUGCCUCCACCUACAGCCCCAACACAGGGCCUAGACCCCGGAGUAAGACCAGGGGCACCCAGGCACUUUGGACAGGAGGAGUUGCGGCUCCAAAAGGUCUACCAGCUCUCCAUUUUCUCCCAGUUGGGGGGAUUUUCUACCUCCACAGAAUCCCACACUGAUACCCAACAAAGGCCUGUCCGGUUGGGCGUAAAAAGGGGGCUUGAUGAGCCCCAGUUGACUCAUAAGCGCCCCCAUCUGGGGGAUUCCUCAGACAAAGAGGUGUUGGAGGGAGGGGUGCUAUGUGGGCCAGCCCCAGCUCAAGGUGUUGGGAUGGUCCCUGGUGGGCCUGGGUCUAUAUACUCUUGCACACAAAUGGAGCACAGAGACUCUGAGGGUGGACUGUCACCUAGGUCUCCUCCCCUCUCCCCAAGCCACAACCCCUCCCGACGCCCAACUCAGCACAAUCACGACAGGCCAAUUCCUGAUGUAUUUGCUCCACUUUCACCGAAAUCCCCCCCAAUGUGUGACCCACAUGGUCAUCUCUGUGACCAGGGCCAUUCCCUUGGAAGCUCAGCCAGGACUGAAGCACCUAACGGGGGCCACACACCUACCUACUCACUAGGUAGCCCUGGUAAUGAGAGCUGUAGUAAUGGCUCAUCUGGUGGCCAGCCCAGCCCCUACUUGUAUGAAAUGUCCACUUAUGAGACUCCCAACCCUGCCAGUCCCACCAGCCCUCCAGGUCCGUUCUCCCCCCCACACCACACAGAGCUGCAGGAACCAGGGGAAGCCACCGAAUGGGAAGUUGGACUUGAAUCAUCCCCACCUGAGCGUAGUGCCACCCAGGCUGCUUCCUCCUCUGCUAAUGGCCUGGCUUCCUGGGAGAAAACACCCAGCACUAAUGGCCACCGUCUCUCCUCUGGAGCCCACUGGCCAGCCAAAAAGAGACUGCUGUCCCCGAGUGACACAGGGGAGUCAUGUUCAGAAGAUGAGGGACCCUCCACAUCCAAGAGAAGCAGGCUGUCAUUGCUGGCUCCAGGACUGGGCCCAGCCUCAUGUCGCAGCACUGAUGCUAAAGCUGCCCCUUACUGGAAUCACCUGCUGCCAUCUUCAUGGGACCGACCUAAGACUGCCACAGACUGCACAAGAUCAGGGAGACGGCUAAAAAGCGGGCUGCGACUGAAAAGUCGGCAGCUGCGCAGCGGCAGACACACAGACACCGGCCGCUCCACGCGUUCCAGUUGGCCCUCAUCUUCCAUCAGCAGAUCACUACUUGGCAACUUCGAGGAGUCUAUACUGAAGGGACGGUUCUCCCCAUCGGGUCGGAUCGAAGGUUUCACGGCAGAGAUCGGUGCCAGCGGCUCCUAUUGCCCACAGCACGUCACCCUGCCUGUGCAGGUUACGUACUACGACAUCUCAGAGCACAGUGCACCUUCACCCUUCCUGGGGGUGAUAUCCCUCGAGCCUCUGGGAAAGAAAGGAUACAGCAUACCCAAAGCAGGGACCAUUCAAGUGACCUUAUUUAAUCCCAACAAAACUGUGGUGAAGAUGUUUCUGGUGACCUACAACUUCGGCGACAUGCCCGUCAAUCACAUGACCUUCCUGCGCCACCGUAUCUUCCUGGUGCCUGUAGAGGAGGGGGUUGAAGGGAAAGGCGAGGCGUCUCCAGGUGGCGGAUUGCUAGACAGGAAGAAGAUUCUCUGCUACCUGAUACAUCUCAGAUUCCAGAGCUCCAAAUCUGGGAAGAUCUACUUGCACAAUGAUAUCCGGCUGCUAUUCUCCCGCAAAUCCAUCGAAGUGGACACAGGGAUCCCUUAUGAGCUGAAAUCUUUCACCGAGGUGCCAAGAAAUCCUAAAUACUCCCCCCGCGUGUGACCCCAGUUUGACCCUCCCCAAUGCCAGUGCAGCCCUUCCUGUGCUUCCUGAAGAGAAGGGAGGGAAAUGGACAGACUGCUAGAAUGAUGGACACGAAACUUGAUAAGACUUGAUGAGACACGCCACAUGCACACAAGACACAGGCACACAUAUGAUACAGUGCUGGUGAUAGUAAAAGUCCUGCUUUUGUGCGUUCAUUCUCCACUGAAAGUCAACGACAAAUUUGUGAUAGAAAAUCAGUCAAUCAAAUAUGUCAUUCCUUUUAUCCUCCAUCCUCUAAAAAAUAUUAAAACAUGUUAGUAUAAGAGCAGUCCAGCAUGCAUGCAGUCAAAAGCAGGACUUUUACAACACCUUCAUCUGUACAAACACUGACACACACACACCAAAAGAGACUGACAAGACUCACGCACAGCACAUACUCCACACGUCACAGCUGAAACACUUUUGGCGGUGACUCUGAGUUCAGUGUUAACAUGCAUGCCUUGUGACUUAAAACACCUGAAUUUUCCUCUAGUGCCGUAUCACACUGUCCUUCACUCUGCCUGCAGCUCCAACCGCCUCAUCGGACCAAUAAUUUCCUUUGGAAACUUUGGAUUUGACAAAUGGCCAUAAAACAGUAAGCACAUCCCUGACUGUGGGGGAAUAAAAUGAUUACCCUCCCUUCCUCCACAUUUUUGACACACACACAAACUUUCUGACCAGCGGAAAGGAGAUGAGCAGAGACGCAAACACUAGUGAAAGCAAAGGCCGAAUUGGAAUCAGCCAUCUUGAUCUCAAAUGUAUUAUUUAAAACAUGGGGGGGACCCACAAAACAUAAUUUGACCAAACUCAGGUCAUCUGUUGAAGAUUAAAUUUCUCUACUUACCAUUUCACCUAUUAUGGUACAGACCACUGUGUACACUUUAGGACAGGAGCAUCAUACCAUCUCAUAAAAAACAGAGGAAAUCCAGUUCAUUUUAUGUAGCCAGACUGAGGGACACUGUGCUGUUUCUUUUUUAAUUUUUCUUUUUUUUAGAUUCUGUUCAGAACAGUCUGACGUUGGAGCAGAAAAUGAAAAAAAAAACACAAACAAAAAACAACAAGCUGUAGUAUUUUUAAUUUAUGUUUUUCGCAAAUGUCUUAAUAAGCAAUAUGCUGCACAAAGUAGAGUGUUUUUCAGCCGGACGAGCUUUCUCUCUGGAGGGGGGGGAGGAGAAAGCGGAGAACUGAGAGUGAGGGAAUAAAUGGGAGGAGGGAGGGAUGAUAAGGGAGGGAAGGGUGGUGGGGUAUUUAAUAAUGGGGAAAAGUCUAUGUAUAUUUAAAAGAAUAAACUCUGCGACUGGCGAGUAG